AUGCCCAUCAUCCAGCGCUCUGCCGUUCGCGCUGCCUCGCGCGCCUCCCGCAUGGCUAGCCGUGUGGCUCGCCAGAAUGCCGCUGGCCUGUCGACUGCUGCCCGUAUGGCCGUGCCGACGCUGCGCUCGGCUGGUGUCCCCAGCUUCGCUAAGGCCGUGAACGUGGCCGCUCGUGGUCUUGCUACUGAGGCCAAGUCGGGUGCCGGUCAGGUCGGUUCUAUUCGUGCCGUUAUCGGUGCCGUUGUCGACGUUCACUUCGACAGCGGUGACCUGCCCGCUAUCUUCAACGCCCUUACCGUUGAGGACACUAAGACUGGCGGCAAGCUCGUGCUCGAGGUUGCCCAGCACCUUGGUGAGAACACCGUUCGUACUAUUGCUAUGGAUGGUACGGAGGGCCUUGUGCGUGGCCAGAAGGUCAUUGACACUGGUGCUCCCAUCACCAUCCCCGUCGGUGGUGCCACACUGGGUCGUAUUCUGAACGUCACGGGUGACCCUAUUGACGAGCGUGGCCCCGUUAAGACUGACGUUUUCCGCCCCAUUCACCGUGACCCCCCUGCCUUUGUCGAGCAGUCGACUGAUGCCGAGAUUCUCGAGACUGGUAUCAAAGUCGUUGACCUGAUUGCCCCUUACGCCCGUGGUGGUAAGAUUGGUCUGUUCGGUGGUGCCGGUGUCGGUAAGACCGUGCUUAUCCAGGAGCUCAUCAACAACAUCGCCAAGGCCCACGGUGGUUUCUCCGUGUUCACUGGUGUCGGUGAGCGUACUCGUGAGGGUAACGAUUUGUACCACGAGAUGAUUGAAACCGGUGUCAUUAACCUCGAGGGUGACUCGAAGGUGGCUCUGGUGUUCGGUCAGAUGAACGAGCCCCCGGGUGCCCGUGCGCGUGUCGCUCUUACUGGUCUGACUGUGGCCGAGUACUUCCGUGACGACGAGGGCCAGGAUGUGCUGCUGUUCAUUGACAACAUUUUCCGUUUCACCCAGGCCGGUUCGGAGACUUCGGCUCUGCUGGGUCGUAUCCCUUCGUCGGUCGGUUACCAGCCCACUUUGUCGACCGAUAUGGGUGCCAUGCAGGAGCGUAUCACCACCACCAAGAAGGGUUCGAUUACGUCGGUGCAGGCCGUCUACGUGCCCGCCGAUGAUGUCACUGACCCUGCCCCUGCCACUACCUUCGCCCACCUUGACGCUACCACUGUGCUUGACCGUUCGAUCGCUGAGCUGGGUAUCUACCCCGCUGUUGACCCGUUGAACUCGAACUCGCGUAUGCUUGACCCCGCUAUUGUGGGUCAGGAGCACUACGACGUGGCCUCUGGCGUGCAGAAGCUGCUCCAGGACUACAAGUCGCUUCAAGAUAUCAUUGCCAUUCUGGGUAUGGAUGAGCUUUCUGAGGAGGACAAGCUCACUGUCGAGCGUGCCCGUAAGAUGCAGCGUUUCAUGUCGCAGCCUUUCGCUGUCGCCCAGGUCUUUACUGGUAUCGAAGGUCGUCUUGUUGCCCUGAAGGACACGAUCAAGGCCUGCAAGGAGAUCCUGUCGGGCAAGCACGACAACCUCCCUGAGGCUGCUUUCUACAUGGUUGGCUCGAUCGAGGAUGUGGUGGCCAAGGCUGAGGAGAUCAGCAAGCAGUCGAACUAA